UUGGCAAGCCUGCAUCGCAUCGCGGCGAAAGGCGGCAGCCUUGGCGCGCGACACCUAACCUCCCCAGCUCGUUCGCGAGUAAGUAUAAAGUCGGAGCAGAGUCCUCGCGCGUCGUCGUCGUGUGUCCCGCUCCGCCUUGUGCCUACAAAUACGCAUACACAGUAGAGUUUCAAGCGCGAAAGUCACCGGUUUUUCGUACGCGACGAGGCGCUGUGACUCGCGGCGUCGCAGCAUUUCACUCCUCCCGACUAAGACUCAGACGAGGUCCAGCAUCAGCGCCGCAAGCCAACGCUAUCUUUCGAGCCAUUCUCGUUGACCUCGUCGUCGUCGUCGUCGUUCUCUGGUGCCCGGGGCUUUGUGCAACUUUGCGUAAUCCAUCUGCGGGAGCACGGGACCGAGAGCAGCACCGCGGGGACCAGCUCUCUCUCUCGAAGGCGCCGGCUGCCAAGAUGGAGAACCCCGAGGAGGUGCUGCAGGCGCUCGACGAGUUCCAGAAAAUGCGACCCUCCGAGAUACCCCGAGAACUUGAAGACUACCUCUGCUGGGUCGCCAGGACGGGCGACCCUGUUUACCAGUGGAGCCUCAUCAAGGCUCUCUUCAGAGAAAAGUUGCUCAGGGUCAUGACAGAGUUCUACGAGAGCUGUCCCUCUCUUGACCUCACUCCCUGUCCCAACGUCGAGCAGUUCAACUACGACAUCAUGAAGAGCAACCUUCUUGAGCGGCUCGAGAGCUUUGCCAAUGCCCCUUUUACUGUACAGCGCAUUUGCGAGCUGCUCACCACACCCAGAAAGGAGUACAAUCGCAUAGACAAGUUCAUGCGGGCCAUUGAAAAGAACAUACUGGUUGUGUCUACCAGGGAGCCUGGACCAUAUGGAAGGCGCAGCGAAAACGGGGACAGCAUGGUCAAUGGAUCUGUGGAGGAUGAAACCUCGCAUCACGGACAGACUUCUAACGAUGUCGAGGUGGAGAACUGGGUGAAAGACUGCACAACUACUGCAGCUGCCACUUCUCAUGCAGGAGAGAACGAAGAGAUGUCUGUGGAGAAUGGUGUAAAGACAGCAUUGAACACUACUUUUGAUAAGGAAGAUACAAUAGAGGCUCCGCACUCUGUGGUGGAUUCUACAGCAUCUAGUUUUGUUCCUUCCUCGACUGAGUUCAAUCCUGUGACAACUAUGCCUGUGCAGGCUCUUCCAGUGCAAGAAGCUGCCUCAGAGGUUCAAAACUUGACUACUACAGUUAAUCAAGAGGCAACUGCUACUGUGAACGAUGUGUCCGAUGCUAUGAUAAAUGAAGACACUAGUUCACAACCAAGUUUGGAAUUAGAAAGUGAUGAUAAUGACAGCAGUGACUCCAAAAAACUGCAGACUACCUUCCAAGCAAAAGACUUCACAGCAGAAGAGGAUAAGACAGUCAAAACGUACUCGGAAGUACUGAAAACUGGUAAGCCUGAAGAAAGCAUUGAUACUGCAGAACCUAGCAAGGAAUCUAAUCAGCUGAUGCAGUCUACAAUGUCAAAUGAAAGAUUGUUGAACGAUAAUUCAAGUGAUUCUCAGAGUUCGGAUAAAGCUGAUAAUUUGGAGGAUGUAGCUCAGUCCAGUGAGAGUGAAACUAAUCAAGAUGAAGCAAGUCCUGCUGUUGAGGAACCAGUCAGUGAAAAGAGUGAAGCAGAAUCCAACAUUUGUUCAGAUAACUUUCUACUGGAAAAUAGCAACUCAAGUGUAAAGAAUGAUUCAGAAGAUGUAGUGCCUGAAUCAUCCGAACCUCAAGUGGAGGCAAAGGUUGAUACUGAAGUAAAGGAUGAAUGUGAAACCAAAGCUGCUGCAAAGGAAGCUGAUGUAAGUCCAGCUGACUCCUCUGAAAAUUCAGAUAAGGAUACUUCUGAAAAAACAGAGCUUAAUGAUGUAAGUGAAGUAGCUAAGCCAAUUAUUGAAGAACCUCCUAUAGAAUUAGCUGAUACUAGCAGCGUCACAAAGCCAGAAAGUUCUGAGAUAACUAUUGAAGAAACCACUGAAGAUGAGGAGACAAAAGCUAGCAAAGCCAUAGUUCCCGAUCCAAUUCCUAUUGUUGAAGAGCCCAAAGAUGGAGAAUCGACAGCUGAAGACUGGAAUAGUUCAGUAUCAGUUACUGAAGUAGCUAGUGAAUCAAAAGAUCCGGCAUCAACGAUCAAGAAUGGUUUAGCAGAACCAGUUAUAACAUCGGAUCAAGUAGAAGACAACAAAAUGGUCGUAGCAGGCUGUGAAGAAGCACCCAGCAAGGGACCGUCAGAGUCAAUGGAUGUUGAUAAUGAAGAGAUUUCUGAUGGUGAAGUGCUGCAGGACGAGCCAAUGGAGCAGGAAUUGACUGAAGCCAUGAACAGUUAAUACGAAUAAGUUAUGAUAUUAAAAGAAUGAACUCUGGUUUUUUACGAAUUAAUUUUCGUUACGAAACAUUCGACAAAAAAAAAGGUGUAUGUUUGUAGUACCAGGAACAAUGAGGCAAAACUGUUGCAUAAAAUUAAUUUUUAAAAUUCUUUUGUUACCACGUUAUUUAACCAACCUUUUCUCGAAUAUUUUAUAGCGCGAUAUUUAUUUAAUCUAACAUAAGUAAUGGUGUAUCGGGGUUUUGUAAACCUAAUUCUAAAUACUUAUGUGCUACAUCCAAUUAAUCUUUAACUGUUAAUUGUAAUAUAGUUUUUAAAAGACGAUAAAUCGCUAAAGUCGUCCGAUCUGCGCAUUAAAAAGAUUGAUUUUUUAUGAUAGUUUUGUUCAUUGUCUGGUUUGUACAGCAAACAAGCGUAAACGGGCAAAUUUUUAUUUGCUCGGCAUUUCCUUUUGACGCUAAGACGCCUCGAAACGCGUCGCAGGGAUCAACUUUUUCAAGUUAACUAUUUAUCUUCCUACAAGAAAAAGCAGCAAACGUUUUGUCAAGAAAGAAUGAUUAUAAGUCAACCACUGCCUGUUUCUCAAUAACACAAUGAAAAAGAGUGAAAUGGACACAAGUCACGAGUGUGUGAUAUAUAGCGAACAUUUUUUUAUAAUGAUCGAUGUAACGUCUUGCUUUCAUUUUCACGUUUUGCAAAAUUUGUAAUGUAUAAUUAAGAUCAACGGUUCUUGCGACCUGACGAAGGUUUUCAUAAAAUUGUCAACGAAUUCAACAUUAGUAGAACAAAUUUUUAUUUACAUAAAAAAAUUACGUUAAAAACUCGUGUAAUUCAUUAAAGUACUUCAUUUUUUGUUUGAUUACUUAAGUACAGUUAUUGAUGGUGAGAACAUUGAUGCUUGGUGAUAUAUAGUUGUAUCGACAAAUGACAUAUUUUAAUAUUUGUAAAAAAAAAGAUAACAAUAGUGAAAAAUAGCCGAAAGAUUCGGUGACUGCAUUCUGAUGAUCACUUUACACAAAUGUUUUUGAUCAAAAAAUCGUUUAAUGCAGAAUUUUUCACUUGCAAGUUUGUAAAAAAAAGUAAGAAAAAACUAUGAUUAAGCGUUGAAAAUUCCGAUCGUUAAGAUUCCCCGUUCCAAUUUCAUUGAGAGUAAUUAUAAAUCGGAGAAAAGUACGCACGUGUUUUUAAAUAAUUAGGCUAUAAAAAAAGGAAAAAAUUGCAAGAAACGAGCAGGAUGGGUAAUUUGACAGCGACAUAUUUCGUAAAAUUAUAGUGAUAACGUAAUAAGUAAUAAAUUAAAUAAGAUUGUAAACCAGUAAUUAUAAAAAAAUCCAUGAAUAGUUUAGGAUAACUGUGUAUAAUAAUUUUAUAGCAAAAUACACGGAGAUUACUAACAAAAUGAACACGAACUGUUUCUCAUGAUUUCACUCAGAGUUACAUCUCUGGACCUGACCUCAUCAGAACAAAAAUUCUGAUCAAUAAGCUUCAUCUUACGCGAAUAUACAUAUACAAUUUAUAUAUAAUAUACACAAAACCUAAAAUUAAGAUCAGCAUAAUCUGAAACGAAUCCAAUCGCCGAGAAAAAUGUGUGAAAGUUACUUGUUGUUCAUAUUUAAACGAUCAAUUGUAAACAUACAUCGGUGAACUUUCCCCUCGUACAUCGUCCCAGCAUACUUACCGUCGGGGUGUGUACCGAUAUUUUUUUACUCACCGUAUAUCUUGUACAAACCCAUUAAUUUUGUAAUGCAUUAAACGAGCAAACAACAUGAUA